GCCAGUAGGUGCUGAAAAGCUAAACAAGACGGAAGUAGAUACAGGGAAAUCCUGUCGGUUCGUUAGGAUUUCUGCCUCUGUGAAUUCUAAGCUGUUCGGCUUGCAGGAUGGUGGUUCUGAAGGGGAUCCCCUCUGUUUUAUCACCCGAGCUGCUGUACGCGCUGGCCAAAAUGGGCCAUGGGGAUGAACUGGUACUUGCAGAUGCUAAUUUCCCUGCGUCUUCUAUUUGUGCCUGCGGUCCAAAAGAGAUCAGAGCUGAUGGUCUGGGAAUCCCACAACUUUUAGAAGCGAUUUUAAAGUUGUUGCCCUUGGAUACCUAUGUCGACAGACCGGCAGCAGUCAUGGAUCUGGUAGACAGUGACAAACGGAGAUGUUUAACUGUCCCAGUGUGGAACACUUACAUACAGCUCCUCAGCCAGGCAGGCUCGCAGAGCUCUCUGGAGAAAAUGGAAAGAUUUAAUUUCUACGAACGAGCUAAAAGGGCCUUCGCUGUCGUGGCAACAGGGGAAACUGCUCUUUAUGGAAACUUAAUAUUGAAGAAGGGAGUCAUUCCUGCUGAGAUGCUGCAGUGAAGGAAAUAAUUUUGCCAGAGGUUCCAAUUUUUUAGGAAUCUGA